AUGCACGAAUGUGGCACCAUGAACACCACAAAAAUCCGCCAGGAGCAGCGCGAAGAGCACGAACAUGCGGCCAGGGAGGCUCCAAGCGAGCGGGGCGAAUUGGAGUCGCAUGCAGCGGCGGCGGGUGGCGGCGGGGACAACGCCGUCGCCGCUGCUGCGGACGGUAGUGGUGACAGUCUGUAUGGGCCCGAGGGUCUGAACGCCACUGCCCCGGAUAUUAGUCGCCGGGAAGGGGAGGGGGAGGGGGAGGUCCGCCUCCAGGGCGAGGGAGGGGGUGGGCACGGGGGCGACAGCGGCGGCGGCGGCGGCGGUCUGGGUGACGUCAUCCGGGGCACGCAGGAGCGCAUUUCGCAGGAGGCCCAGCAGCUGAAGGACAGGUUCCAGGAGGGUUACCGCGAGGCUCACGACCGCGCGGUGGCACCGAGUGAGGAGGGGGAGCUGCCGAGGGGGACUGAUACUGCGACCUGGGAGCGGCCGAGGGGUAACGCGGGGGGCGGUGACGAGGGGUCCCUGGAGGAGACGCUGCGGGCGGCGAAGGCCCGCAUUGCGGAGGAGAACGAGCUGCUUAAGGAGCGCUUCAGGGAGGGCUACCAGCAGGCACAGAGCAAGGGCGGCGUCUCCCCCCCGUACGGAGGGUCAGUGCGCAGAGAUUCUGACUGCAGAGGACUCUCCGACUCCAAGGGCCCACCUCGAAAGCACAGGUUCAAGGCGGUUCAAGAUGAGCCCUGCGAGCCUGCACCUCUGGGGAGAGGUGGACGCGCCUGA